UAAUUCCUUUACUACGGAUUUUGUUAUAACUGUUGAAAGAGGUGUUCAUAUUAAAGGACUGAGUAUGUUUGCAGAAUGGAUAAUUUUCCUAACGUGGAUUUUCGCCAAUGGUAUGAUCAAAGCGUAUCAAUUUCCUAAACCGGACUUUGAAAGUCCAUGGCUGCACCUUCAAGCUCAAGCUGAGACGAGUAAAGCAACGAAGACGGUGUUGCACGGUCUAAACGAAGUUCCCUUAUUUGUGGAUGUUCAAGUGAAAUCAUUAGAUUACCCGAACAAAGAUUACAUAUUUCAGGCGAUAGGGGGUAUACCUCGAGACGAUGACGCAGCUGAACCGUUCGGUGGUGUAACAUAUAUUUAUGACAACACUCAAGUAACAGUGAGUGCUCCUCAGUAUUCGAAUGACGGAUAUAAUUCGUAUGCUAUUUAUACAGAGAAUGGAGAUUUUUACACCGGUGUGAACAACCAAAAAAGAUACAACGUAGAGGUACGAAUCAGAGCUUGGAAAAAGUCGUCAUUGCCACCUGCCGACUUUGAAAGGACGGGAAUUCGCAUGAAAGCAGGGCAAACUUCAAACGUGUCAGAUGUAUAUGUUGAUGUGCAGCAUGGGCUUAACGAGUAUCCAGCGUUCACAGUUGUAAGAAUGAAUCUUACUGACAGAAAAGGGAAGUUGACUACAAUGUCGGACGCUGUUGGGGCAAACUUUGUAGUGUAUAGAGAUGGGAAAAACAGCCAAAAUUGUCAUAUAGUGCAUGGCGUAAGCAAAGAUAGAAUAAGGGUUUGGAUCGACUCACAGAAUUGGGCGUACAUAUAUGCGGGAAUCGAUGGCUACUCUGUUGACUUCAUGUCCAAUGAAGGAUAUUUAGAAAUGUACGCCUGGAAAUCUCUAACAAUGAAUGAGCAAGAAUAUUCACAAACCUCACUUGGUCCAAACAUUCCUAGCGAGACAUUAGAGGUUCCUUACAGAAACAUUGUUCAAAAUCCACUUACACGUGCUUGGGCGCGAAGUAACACGGGACCAAACGCUGGUUUCCUGUUCCAAGGAAGCGGUGCAAUGGCCUUCGGAAGGACUGUUACCGACAGCGUUUGUAGCUAUGGGGGACUUGUGUAUGCCUACAAUUUUGUAAACAUGCGUUUCUGGAGACCUACAAAUGCAACAAAUGGAGGGUUGAUAUGCGUGUCAAAUUUCUUUGGUAAAGGGACAAAUUCUCAGCGGUCAGUCAAUGCAGAAAUCAUAAUGCGUUCCUGGGGAGUUAAAUCUGAAAGAAAAGUGACCAAGUGGUCAGUAGAAAUGCCAAAAGACAACUGUAUCCGAAGUAAACCAAAGAAUUAAAGACAAUAUAAAGUUUUUAUAUUAAAUCAAAAGUACCGAAGCACAUGUAGAGAGACUUGUGAUCUGUUAUUUUGUGGAUAAUCCGACAUUAAAUGUUUUCUAAACACAAUACAAUCUAUGAACUGCUUUAAAAAUGUGAAGAUCAUAAUUACUUGAAUUCCCAUUUUUGUUGUUUUUAUUUUAAAAAUCUACAAAAAAAUGACGGAAAAUAGAUGUGCACAAUUGCAAAAUAUAGGCACGUUGAUACUUUUUUGAGUUUUUUUUUUCUCAAUAAAA